CGGUUUUCCCCUGCUCCAAGACCAAAAGCGAAGAUGUUGCCUUCCCUGCAGGAGUCUGUAGACGGGGACGAGAGAGAGCUGGAGAGCAGCGAGGAGGGGAGCGGCUUGCCGGAGGAACGGAAGCCGGAGCGCAGCACGAACAGCUACUACUGCCUGUACGGCUACCAAGGCUGCCGGUUGCACCAAGGAGUAGACAGUGAUGAUGGCAGUCCGAGCAGCCCAUCAGCUGAAACUCCAUCUUCAGAUGAUUUCAGCCUCUCUUUGGUGGACACUAACUUACCAGCUGAAGCGGAAACAGAACUGCGCAGUUUCGUUGCCAAGCUCCUUGCUAAGGGAGCCUUUUUUGAAGGGAUGGGGAACAUUGCACCUGUAGAGUUAAGUAUACCAGAAAGUCGACUUGGUUGUUAUUACUGCCUGUUCCAGCCAGAAAAAUGUGCAGAAACAGCAAGCCCAGAAUCAAGCAACAGCCCUUUAGACUAUGUGAUCUGUUUUCUGGGAGGCUCAGAGAAGGGGCUUGAACUAUUCAGACUUGAGCUUGAUAGAUAUGUUCAAGACUUGAAGAUUAACUUGUAUUCAGAGCAAAAUAAUCUGGAGACCUGCAUUAAACCCCUCCUCAGAUCUUGGUUUGAGGAUUCUGUGUGCCCUAUUCAGAGGGUGGUACAGCUCUUCCAGGAGAAACUUGCCUUUGUGUUACAUGCUGCUCUCAGUUGCACUCCAGUUGAAGUCAAAGAGUCUGAUGAAAGGACAAAGAAGGAUAUUAACAGGUUCCUUAGAGCUGCAAGCCUUCAAGAUCUCGUCCGGGAAACCACAAUGACAUCCUUAUGUGUAGCAAUGAUGGAGGAGCAACACAAAUCCGUUGUGAUAGACUGUAGUGGCACACCGCCUCAGUUCCACAAUGCAGGAAGCAACAAAUUUUGUGAAGACUGGAUGCAAGCAUUUCUGAAUGGUUCUGAAGGGGGGAAUCCAUUUCUUUUCCGGCAAAUACUGGAAAACUUUAAAUUGAAGGCCAUCCAAGACAUCAACAACCUGAAGCGGUUCAUCAGGCAGGCAGAAAUGAGCCAUUACGCUUUGUUCAAGUGCUACUUGUUUCUGAAGAACUGUGGCAGCGGAGAUGUCCUCUUGAAGAUUGUGAAAGUGGAACAUGCAGAAAUGCAAGAGGCCAAGAAUGUAGUACACGUCCUUGAGGAAUUCAUGCGAGAGCCAGCUUGUAGCUUAAACCCUUGCCCUGAACCUAGGGCCGCUUUGCAGAAUUAAUGUGGAUCUGCGUGAACUCAUACGUGUAAGAAGGAAAUGUGUGGGUUUCUAAACGAUGUGCACCCAUUGUGGAGAGCUGCACUUGGCCCAGCCUACAGCAUUUAACACCUGGUCAAGAAAAGGCGCACUUCUCUCUGAUCUUACAGCGUAUACUGUGAGCAUAGCCCAACAAGCUGGCUUAGAUCUGGGUUCUUUUCUGCCCACAGGAGCAAAGUUCUGCUCAGAAUUCUGCCGGUGCAAUGGAGGGGGAGGUCAUCUUUGCUAAUCCCCCGAUCCCUUUGCAGCCUUCGGCAACACUUCCUCCACGGUUGUGGAGGGUCCCCCAACCCUCCAGAUCAGAUUUUUUUGGGGAGGGGGAACUGGGGACUGCAGGGGCACGAGGGGAUCAAUGAAGGCUGCCUCUUCCAUCAACAGAAAGGCUCCACGGGAUCAUCAGAACACAUUCCAUUGUGUUUCAUUGGACUGGGAAUGAGCACUAAGCUCAGUGCUCCUUCCCCUCUCUCCUCUUGUGCACCUGGCUUGAGAAGGCAUGUCCUGGUUUGUUAAACUACAGUUUCUCCAUGACGUCCAAACUGGGAAGCUGUAGUUUUAAGAGCUUCCUACAAACUGGGAUUAGAAACCAAGAUGAAACUCUUGGUUUUGUAAUCCUGGUUUGAAUGGAGCACUUAAAACAGCUUCCCAAUUUGGAUGUCACAGAGAAGCUGGUCUAACAAACCAAGAAGUCCCCUUGAAUCUGGGUGUGCCAGAGGAGGAGGAGUGAGGGGAACUUUAGCUUGAGUUCAUAGCAAAAUUCUGCUAAAAUAAACUAGUUUGUUGGAGGAGCAUGUUAUGUCUAAACUUGGCCACUGUGUGUCUACACUCUACUAGCUCAUGUCAUAAUGCUCACAUUGACCUUUAGCUGGAGAAAUACUCUGAAUUUUUUUUAAUAUUUCCAUUUGUGAAAUAGAAUUCACUGUUGUAUAAAUGCAUACUUGAAAGUUUUGGAUAACAGAACAACUCCUGCAUUCUCUUUUAAGAAAAUCAGAAUGAAUCUUCCAUUAACCUUUAGAGCUUAUUAUGUGAAAACUGAUUCUUUUUCCCAGUUUGAGGAUGGGAGAUUAUAUUUCUUGUGCUUUCCACAACUGGACUAAGAAAAACACAUUUUCAUGCCAGUGAUGGUUUUAUGGUUAGAUAUUAAGAAAAAAGCUACUGCAGUGGAUCAUGAUUCAAUAUUCUGAUCAGAUUUAAGAAUACAAAUUCCUAAGGAAAUAAUCACCAUAUUUCACUCCUUUUAUAAAAAAAAAACUCUGAGAGCUUUCUUGACUAACCAAGACUUUUUCUGCUCAGUACCUUGCUUGUACAUCAUGAAGCAGUAACUGAUCCAGAGGAACUAUGUCUGUCUGUAGUUACUAAAUACAUUUCAGUUCAUUGCAGUUGUGAUUGCAAAACUAUACAAUCAAGUGCCUGGCAUUUGCACAUGCAGGUGAUUUUUUUCAACUUAAGAUCAACUCUCUCCAAAAAACCCAAUCUGUCUCCAUGAGUUUUAUAAAGUAGUUUGGGACUGUGAAGUGAGAGCACUUUAAAGGAAAACUUAGGUGAGAAUGCCACAUAUAUCACAGCAGAAAUGCCAUCCUGUACCACAUUCCCAAACUGUGUUUCCAACUCUGGGAAGUUUGAGAAGCAGUUUGAGGAUUCUUUUGGGCAGCUGCUGAGAUGGAUUUUCUAAUAGACUUUUUUUUUUUUAAAGCAAAGCAAAUAUACUCACCAUCAGAUGUUAGGCAGAGAAGGGGGAAUGUGUGGGGAAUGGUUCCAGCCCCUCACUUUCCCCCCUGAAAAGCUGAUCAGUGGGAUUGUGGCUUCUUAAAAAGCACUAGGUGUGCAUAGUUCUGGUUGUUGGAUCAGACUUAGAGAGCAAACCUGCAAUACUUGUUUUUGCACACUUGUCCAUCCAUUUAGGGACAUGUGUGCAGAACAAGUAUUUAGCCCUGAACUGGAGCUUUGUCUGGAUAGAUCUAGAAACUGCCCCCAUUCUGGAGUAGUCUCUAUCCUGUGCAAUGCAGAUAUGUCUCUUGGGUGUUUAAAUACAUUUUCGUAUUCCUUUAAAAUAUAGCCGCAUGUAUUUUCCACCCUUUUGUUGAGCUCAGUCCUGGGAAAACAUAUGUUUCAGAAGCAGCAGUCCAAAGGUCUUAAAGUGUUGUAGUUGAAAUAGAAAGAACUAUGGGUUGGAUCCAGGCUUAGUCAGGCUUAGAGUAGACCCAUUGAAAUUAUGGGUCCAAUUGAUUUCAGUGACUCUACUCAGUGUAUGACUGAGGCUGGCUCCAAAUCAAUACGUGUAUACUCACUGAACAGAAAAUCAAGAUAGUCAGCUUUGUCUGCACCAAUCACUUGUAAGGCGAAAGGGGUACUGGAUUCACACACACAGCCCAACAGAUGAUUGGUGCUAUCAAAGCAUUCUGCACCAACUUUCUAUUGGUGGAGCACAUGUACAGGUCUUAUCCAGCCUGGAGCAGCACCCUUGCAGUGCUGAGCUAGUUACGUGGGUUUCCUGUCCUAUGCACCUCUCUUGCAUAUGCAAACCAUCUCAAUGUAACAUCUCAACAUAGGAAGCAGAUCUGUACAUAGCUGCUCGUGCUUAUGCAUGAAUUGGCUGUGCUAGAUUAUGGCCAAUAAUUAAGCUAAAGCAAUGGUUGAAACCAGAGCUCAAAGCAAAUGACACUUCCAUCAACAUAGUUGUUAAUCAUUUAAUUAUAGUUGUAUUUGAAAUAUGUGAUCCCAUCUUUGCAAAGUUUUUGAUGGUGGGGAGGGGAUGGUAUGUUUAUACUGACCACCUCAUUUUAAGGAAAAUGUGUUGUAGGGAGCCAAACAAUUAAAUUUAAAUGGAAUCUGUGCACAAGCAAUUGUUGGAACAAAAUGAUACAGUUAUGUACACAAUCGAAAAAUAUGUUGACAUUUAUUACAGCAUGCUACUUUACAAGUACUGUGUGUGCUCUAAUAGCCCUUGAUGGGGAAGCCUAUUCUGUUCAGCGUUUUUUAAAAGCAGAAUUACUUUAUUUGGUGCUAUAACUGUAAGUCAUGGAGGGAGGUACUGAUUGUGUAAGCAACAGAAAGAAAAGCUUCAUUAAUCUGGCAUCAUCUGUGAAUUUAACAGACUCUGGAGGUGGGGCAAGAUGCACUCAGUGAGUAAUAUACCUAUUAAAUUUGCUGAAAACUAAUGUAUUGUUGCUGUGUAAAUUCAGCCUGUGAAAUUCUAUGUGUCUUGUAAAGCGCUCUGUGAUACUAAUUUGCAUUCUGUUUGGGGAUUUUGAGGAAACUCAUUAACAUAGCUUUCUCCAAUUAGAAACCAGUGAUUAAUUAUGAUAUUAAAAUUCAUUUACCUUCAAGCAA